GAGAACGGCAUCAGCAUUCAAUGCAUGCAUGUUUGUAUUAACUGCCUGUCGUUAAUAAGGGAAUUGAUUGGUCUCUAAGGAUUGGCCCUUUUUUCUUUUUCUUUUUUUUUUUUGGCUCUUUGGCUACUGCUCCUACAACCUCAGCGAGAAAACAGAACCCAAAAAAAAAAAAAGAGUAAGCGGUUGGUGAGGGAGCACUGAUAGUAGGCCAGCAGUUGUUGAGAGAGUUUUCUUUGUUUCUCUUCAUUGUGUUCCUCUUUUGUGUGCUCUUGUACUUCCCUCUUCGUCACCUAUCAUUUCUUGUUCCUCCUUGGGGGAUUUCAAAUUGGGGUUUUUUUUUUUUUUUUUUCUUCCUCUUUUUAAAGACUUUCAAGAGCCGGUUUUGGCUUUUGCUUUGAAUCUGGGUUUCGCAUCUUUGGUGGGGUUAAGACUUGGGUUGUUGUUGAAUUUUGAAUUGGAACCCUCAAAUUAUGGGGCUUUGAAGGAUGAUAUAUUAAAAGCUAAUUCUUCUUUGAUCAAGCCAAAGCUUUUUUAUUCUAAUCAGAUAGAGACUUUGUUUUCCUUUUUAUUCCUUUUCUCUUCUUUAUGACCAUUUGUUUUUUGAUCUUAUAAAAGUUCUGAGUCUUAGUUCAACAAUCUUUGUGUCUGUUAUUUUGAAUGUUUUAGGCAAUAAAGUAAAAGCUAAAGCUUGAUUCUGAAACAAAACAUAAGCCCCUUUUGCUUUCCGCCCCGGUUUGAAACUUGUUCUGCUUUUAUUGAAGGCUUCUUUUAAUUAAACGAGGAAAAAGUUUGGUUCUUGGUUGAGCUUGGCCAGGGUCUGGUUUCUGCAUAUUAGUAAGAUUUGAUACUAAGUGAGUGAAGAGAGCCAGCCAUUCAUGCAUUUUUCACUAUGGAGACCAUUAUCCCACUGUGCAGCUUUAAUAGGGGACAAGAAAACCCAAAGGAGAAAUGGUUCUGGUUUGAAAGAGGACGUGAAGAGAAAGCCUUCUGUGCUCCGCCAAUUGCAAGAAACCAAACUCAGAGAAGCUCUUGAAGAAGCAUCUGAAGAUGGGUCUCUUGCUAAAUCCCAAGAUAUUGAUUCUGCAUCUUUGAAUCAAGAAGGAAACAUUGGACGAUCAAGGUCACUGGCCAGACUCCGUGCCCAAAAUGAAUUCUUGAAUGCCACCUGCCUUGUUGCGGACCGGACUUUUAGCUCUGAAGACUCCAUUCCAGACCUCCAUGAUGCCUUUUCUAAGUUCCUCACAGUGUACCCCAAGUUUCAAGCAACGGAGAAGAUUGACCAUCUGAGAGUGGAGGAGUAUGGGCAUUUAUCUGAAUCUUCUGCUAAGGUAUGUCUUGAUUACUGCGGUUUUGGGCUAUUCUCUUAUAAUCAAACUCAAGAGUAUUGGGAUACAUCAACAUUUACUUUGUCUGAAAUAACUGCAAACUUGAGCAAUCAUGCUCUUUAUGGAGGUGCCGAGAGUGGCACUGUAGAACAUGAUAUAAAGUCUAGGAUCUUGGAUCAUUUAAACAUCCCUGCAAAUGAGUAUGGCCUUGUUUUAACUGUUAGUAGAGGCUCGGCAUUUAAAUUGCUCGCUGAAGCUUACCCUUUCCAAACGAAUAAAAAACUGUUGACUAUGUUUGAUCAUGAGAGUCAGUCCGUGAUUUGGAUGUCUCAGUGUGCUAAAGAGAAAGGUGCUAAGGUUUACAAUGCUUGGUUUAAAUGGCCCUCCCUGAAACUUUGCUCUAGAGAACUGAGAAAGCAAAUUUCAAACAAGAAAAGGAGGAAGAAAGGUCAUGCAAAUGGUCUUUUUGUGUUUCCUGGUCAGUCUAGAGUGACUGGGGCAAAGUAUUCUUACCAGUGGAUGGCCCUUGCCCAACAAAACAAUUGGCAUGUAUUACUUGACGCUGGGUCAUUAGGUCCCAAGGAUAUGGAUUCGCUUGGCUUGUCCUUAUUUAGGCCAGAAUUUAUUAUUACAUCAUUUUAUAGGUUGUUUGGAUAUGAUCCAACUGGUUUUGGAUGCCUUCUGAUCAAGAAAUCUGUGAUGGCAAGCUUGCAAAAUCAAUCUGGGCAUACCGGGUCUGGAAUGGUGAAGAUCAUCCCUAUUUAUCCGCAGUACCUGAGUGACUCUAUAGAUGGGCUUGAUGUUUUAGCUGGACUUGAAGAUGAAACUGCUAAACACAAUGAAGAAUCAUUGCCCGAGAGAAAUGGUGGAUCACUGAUGCCUGCCUUUUCUGGUGUUUUCACUUCCAAUCAGGUCAGGAAUGUUUUUGAGACUGAGAUGGAUCAUGAUAAUAGUUCAGAUAGGGAUGGAGCAAGCACCAUUUUUGAGGAAGCGGAGAACCUUUCAGUUGGUGAUCUCAUGAAAAGUCCAAUUUUCAGUGAGGAUGAAUCAUCGGACAAUUCAUGCUGGAUUGAUCUGGGUCAGAGUCCAUUUGGGUCUGAUAAUUCUGGCCAACUGACCCGACGGAAAACAGACUCAACCUUACCACCAUCAUGGUUUUCAGGGAAGACAAACAAUAAGCGGCUGUCUCCAAAACUGACUUCAAAAAUACCUAUGAGUCCAAUUUAUGAUGACGGGAAAAUAAACAUGAGAUUGCAUGAAGAUCCUGUGUUGUCUUUUGAUGCAGCUGUGUUGUCGGUGUCACAUGAGUCAGACCAAUUUAAGGAGAUCCCUGAAGAACAGCCUGCUGACACGGACCCUGCUUCAGGAGAUGAUGGAAAGUAUAAAGAUUCCCAGUACUUUGGGGAGAUUCAAGAAGAAUCCGGUGUCAGAGAUGAGUCAGAGCUGGCUAAUUCUAUGUUGAGUUCGAAGGCAAAUGGAUUAAAACUGAAGAAUGGUGUGCUUGAGAGCACCAUGGAAUCCGAAAUCUACCAAGAAAAGAAAGAAAGUGCUAUAAGGAGAGAGACCGAGGGUGAGUUUAGAUUGUUGGGAAGGAGAGAAGGGAGUAGGUUUGCCAAUGGUAGAUUUUUUGGUUUGGAAGAGGAAGAUCGAGCGGCAAGCAUGGGUCGCAAAGUAUCUUUUAGCAUGGAAGACAGCUGCAAUGAAAACCCAAGCUGCUUGGAGCCUGGAGAAAUAUCAUUGACUACCUUGGCUGAUGAUGAAUUUGGUACUGAUGAAGAUUAUGAUGAUGAACAAGAGUGCACAAGAAAGGAACCUGUGAUAAUUUGCCGGCAUCUUGAUCAUGUGAAUAUGUUGGGUCUAAACAAAACUACACUUAGACUGCGUUACCUGAUCAAUUGGCUUGUUACCUCGUUGCUUCAACUUCGGCUACCUAGUUCUGAUGAAAGUAGGGGAGGGCAUCUUGUGCAAAUAUAUGGUCCAAAGAUCAAAUAUGAAAAAGGUGCAGCUGUAGCCUUUAAUGUGCGGGACAGCAAGGGAGGAAGACUAAUUGACCCGGAAGUUGUUCAGCAGCUAGCUGAGAAGAGUGGUAUUUCUCUUGGCAUUGGUAUACUCAGUCAUAUACAAGUUGUGGACAAUGUGAAGCAGCAGUGUGGAGAACUAGAGCUUGAAGAUUCAGCCCUGUGCCAGCCAAUGGCUAAUGGUUGCCAAGAUGCCAAAAACUUUUUUUUUCGAGUAAAAGUAAUUACAGCAUCACUUGGUUUCCUGACCAACUUUGAAGAUGUUUAUAAGACAUGGGCUUUUGUGGCCAAGUUUCUUAAUCCAUCAUUUGUUGAAGCGAAUGAUUUAUCCACGAUAUCUGAAGGUUCAGAAACAUAGGUCUGUGAGGCUUGUAUGGAGGUUAUAUGCGAUAAAUUGAUUGGAGAUGCUGACGCCAAAUGGAAAGGAUGCAAAGGUAUGGUACUGGGUGUCUUUUUUCUUUUUCUCUUCCCUUGGAGCAAUUCCUUGUGAGAAGAAGGAUUUUUUUCUUCGUUCUUGUCGAAAAUAUCUUUCUGGUGUAUUAAUCAUGCUUUAGCAUCAUGUAGAGUUUGGUUUAAAAUGGGAUGUCAGCUUCAGAGUUAAGUAUUUUGUAAUGCAAAAUUGAAUUGAAAAGGUUUUGAAGACAAAAGAGAGCUUCCACUAUUUGCAAAUAUAGUUGGUGGUGAAGUACAAAUUUUGUGCAUAUCCUUUGUUUUCUCCCUUUUUCUGUCCCGUCUGAUCAUAUAGCAGGUCAAUAAUCAUCUCCACAUCGAACUGCUAAUAUGAAAUCUUGUCUAACGUGUUUCUUUAUUUGAAUUAAACUUGUCCAUUUUCAUCAUCCGAGUUUUGCA